AUGGAUUCUAUAGCGUCAUCAAGUUUGUCAUAUGCAAACACCGAACGAGCCGAAUCUCUACAAUCAUCUUGCUCGUUUUAUGAUCUCGGAAAAUCUCGUCCUGAAUUAAGCACAAAUAAAACUGCUAACCAACUUAAUACUGGUGAAUCAGGUGAAUUUCAAAAUCAAGAUCAAAACCCACGUGUUCAGUCAGACGAUUCACAACAAACAGUGACGAGAGACAGAGUAAACGCUGACGCUCAGGAAUCUGCAAAAAAUACAGGCAAAGCUGCAAAGAGCGAAGUAUGGCAGUACUAUACAAAGAUAGAUAGUAUAUCGGCACGAUGCAACAUUUGUAUGAAACCUAUUAUGAACAGAGGCAACACAACCAAUUUAAUGCAGCACCAAAGACGCUCUCAUUGGAUGCAUCUACCCUCAUUACCGUCAACAAGGAAACGUACGAGCCAAACAGCUUCAUUCUCUUCGGCUUCAGAAGAUGUUGAUGACCCACCACCAAAAAACCAACGUCUCCAGACGCCGCCGAAAUCAAUUAAAUCCCAGAAGAUCGACAAAGUGUUCCAGAGAAUAAGCUCAUUUCAAGAUGGGGGCUUAUCUGCUGCUAAGAUAACCAACGCGAUUCUUUUCAUGAUCGCCGCCGACAACUGUCCUCUAUCGAUCGUGGAAAACAGAGGAUUCAGAGCGCUCAUGAAGACUACGUCCCCGCUCUACAACAUUCCUAGUCGGAAAACCAUCACAAAAGACAUAGAGUUAAAGUACCACCAAAUGAAGAACGUGUUUCGAGAUAAUAUAACCGCCACUACUACUCACACGUUGACAUGCGACAUAUGGACAGAUACAAGCAAUCAAAGUUACCUUGGGAUCACCGAUCAUUACUUGACGACAGAGCUCGAGAUAAAGAACGGUUGUUUGGCCGUAUUACCACUGAGCGAACGUCACACCGCGGAUUAUAUAUCGCGAAAUUUACGGGAUUGUCUCGAAUCAUUUGGUAUAAAAACGUCCAAUGUUACGGCGAUGGUUACCGAUAGUAGCGCGAAUAUUAAAAAGGCAGCGAUCGACACAUUUGGUGCUUCGAAGCACAUACCGUGUUUCGCGCACACCCUAUCCCACGUAGUACCAAGCGUAAUGAGAACUCUACCGCAAGUCGAGA